UAUAACAUCUCGACAUCAAGAUAUGCAUCUAGUAAUUGUUCAAAUUUACAAAAAAACAGACAUUAAUGUGAUAAGUGAUAGAGAAAUUUAAAAAUGGCGUCAGGAAAGUUGUACCAGGUUUAUACAGCAUUUGCAGUUGCGUUAGGAUCCUUCGUGAUGGGAUCACUUAACGUGUGGCCGUCAUAUACUACUUCAUUAUUCACAGCAGAGAAUACUACACUAUUAUCAACAGCGAUGAGUGAUUCAGAAGUGUCAUUAUUGGGCAGCUUACCCUCUUUAGGAGCAAUGAUUGGAACUGGAGUAUGCGGCCUCAUUAUAGAUAAGAUUGGACGAAAAAUCGGAGGGCUUGCUAUAUGUUUACCUUAUGUGCUAUCAUGGGCGAUCAUAGAGGUAUCCUCAUCUUCGAUGCUUAUCUUAGCUGCAAGAUUUAUUUCUGGUGUCGGAGGUGGUGCAUUCUUGGCAUACGCACCAAUAUUUAUAUCAGAAGUUGCAGAAACAUCUAUCAGAGGAGCUUUGGCUUCAUUUCCAAUGGUAGCCUACGGCUUAGGACUCCUCUGCUCUUAUAUACUUGGCUGGUUCUGUUCGUACCACAUCAUCAUCUGGCUCAACAUCCUGAUGAGCGUCUCAGUGUGUCUGCUUUUGUUUUUGGUCAAAGAGAGUCCUACGUACCUCGUGAGGCAGAAGAGAGAUGAGGACGCCCGAAAGUCUUUAGCUGCAUACAGAGGUGUAUCAGCAUCGUCUAUGAUAGUCACUGAGGAACUAGCCACAUUGAAAGCACAGCUUUCGCCUCCAACUCAACUUAUUAGUAUCAAUGAAGAUUCUCAAACAAAAACAGAUGAAGGUGAGAAUGAGAAGCUGAAUUUAGAAAAUGGCACAGUUGAUGAAGAACUGCCUAAAAUGUCACCGAUCAAGCUGUUGUUUACUGAACCGGCAUCCCGUCGAGCGUUCACAGUUUUGGGAGUUAUUAUCACGAUGCAGGUGUUCAUGGGAAUAGUUCCAGUUCAAGUUUAUGCCAAGAACGUUUUCAAAGAAGCAGAUCCAGCGAAUGCGGACCUUUUUUCCGUUAUUUUUGCCUUAGUAUUCAUUAGUGGAUGUAGCCUUACUGCUGGUAUUGCUGAUUUAGCUGGACGUAAAGUUUUGGUGAUAGUAUCAUCAGUGCUGGUAGCAAUCUGGCUGGUGGUUCUCGGUCUACAGAUGCAGUUGAAAUUUGCCCCAGAAUGGGUCACAGUGCUCAUUAUUAUGACAUACUGCUUUUGUUUUAUGUUCGGAGCGGCUACUGUACCCUAUAUUUUGUUGACUGAGAUCUUCUGUCCUGAGGUCCAAAACAUCGCGUCCAUGAUAAUCAUUGAAUGGGUUUGGUUCAUCAACUUCGUCAUUAUCGGCGUGUUCCCCUACUUUGUCAAAUUCUUUGGCAUGCACGGUACAUUCUACAUGUUUGCCGCAGUCGGCAUUCUCAAUGCAACAUUCAGUUAUUUCAUGGUACCAGAAACUAAGGGGCUGUCCAAUAUGCAAAUUCAGGAUCUGUUGGUGAGGCGGAAGAAGUGAUUUUAGAAGUAGAUACGUUUGUAAUUUUUAUUUAAUUAAGUGUAAAUAAUGUAGUUUUUGUUUUAUAAAGAUUAUAUUUUAAAGACAUG